AUGGCGCUGAACAGGAACCACUCGCAGCAGGGCGGCGUCGUCGUCCCCAAUGCCGAGAGCGUUCUCAAGCAGUGCAAAGAUGUGGAGCUCUCCUUCAGUGACGUGGCGGGGAAGCCUGAGGCCUUCAAGGGCACCAAGAAAGGAAUGCUGUACCUCACUCCUUACAGGAUGAUCUUUGUGUCGAAGGGCAAGGAUCCCAUGCUGUCUUUCAUGAUGCCAUUUUAUUUGGUGAAAGGAUGUUCUAUUGAGCAGCCCGUUUUCUCUGCCAAUUACAUCAAAGGACAGAUUCAGGCUGAGGCAGGAGGUGGCUGGGAAGGGCAAGCAACAUUUAAACUGACUUUUAACAGCGGCGGAGCCAUUGAGUUUGGACAGUUGAUGUUCAAAGCUGCUUCCAGUGCUUCCAGCGGAGCCCCUCUGCAGAGCCCUGGCUACGGCUACAUGCCCGUGCCCGGGGCUUACUCGCCCGUGCCAGGGGGCUACGCUCCUGCACCAGCAAACGGACCCUAUCCCUACAUGGCACCACCCGUGUACGCCUAUGGACCAGCGGCACAGCCCGUGGGAUACCCCUAUGGCCAGCCUCCAGGUAUUUACCCACCGCUCMCAAACCCGAACCCUGUGUAUGUGCCACCUCCUCCCCCGUAUGCUGGGCCUUCUCCUGCAGGACCUUCAGCCCCUUCAGCUCCCACAGCCUGSGUGGCCCCAGGGAUGCCAGGUGGCAGUAAGGCCACGGAAGCGACUUCCAGCGCGUAUUACAACCCUGCCAACCCGCACAACGUGUACAUGCCUAUGGAUCAGCCACCUCCUUAUACACCUCCUGAGGAUAAAAAGAACAACUAACAGAACCAGCCUCCCAUGCUCUUUCCCUGAAGACAAUUUGGCUGUCACUACUACCCCUUGGGUUAGCGUAUCUCUAGGUCUCUUUAUGUAUAUACAAUGUACGUAGUCUGGGCUGCUGAGCAGCUGCCCUCCUUAAACAUUCAGUCUGGCAAUACAAGGCAGAGCAGCAGCACUUCUUGCUUCUCUGCUUCAUCUCAUGAGGUCAAAACACUAAGUUUUUGGUCUGCCCUUGGCUUGAGCGAAGAGAUGGAUUUCUUCAUAAAUCAGCAAACCACRUCAUUAAUCUAGGAGUAAAAUAUGAAGGCUCUUGGAGUGGAACCCUUUGGAGUGGCAGCCUUUUGACUCCUUCAAGCACCAGCCAAGAGGCAAGGUAUAGACAGCCAUGAAGUUCCUCAUGUAGACCCUUGGGAGUCCCAGAAGGGUGUUAAAUUUCCUUAAAUUCUGGCACCGUUCAGUGUGAGAUGGGACUCUGGAAAUCCUGUGUCAUCCURGAAGCAUGUGUUCAUGUCCUGGACUAACAGUCAUGGGGUCAUAAACUUGAGAAACGCAUCCCGAGAGACGCUUAGUCAUUUGCUAGUGUGAGUGGGAAAGGGAUGGGCCCCGACACGCAGAGGCCAAAUCCAACAGCACAGCCAUAAGAACUGUGAAGGGCUUGGAUAUAUCAUCCUACUGCAUUUUGGCAGCAAGAAGAGCUUCUGGGCAGAGACGUGUCUGCUUUGAAUGCAGCAAAACCCUCUGCUGAUACUUCUCCAUCUCCUUUCCUAGUUAGCCUUGCAGAACGGGGCGAGCUGCUGCACUSGCUGGUGUCCGGGGAGCCCGCGCUGGCUGUUGUCUCUGCUCCU